UUAUUUUAACUUCACAUAAAAUUUAAGAAAAUAGAAAAGAUUACCAAUACAAUAAAUGUCAACUAAUCUCAUAAUCUUAAAUAUAUUCUAUGAAAAGUCAAAAUUAGAAAAUCGCCACAAAUAAAAAAUAAAACUUAAAUUUAAACAAAUUGAAACGAAACGAACACGAUGAUUGGUCCAAAGUCCAAACGGCUAGUGAAAAUAUUAAAUUUCAUUUUUCUUUUUCAUUUUCCCCAAUUCUUUUGAAAAACCGCUUUGUUAGCAAAAUUCAAAAAAAUAUAUUCCCUCUUUGGCUGUAGCGCUCCCAUUUCUAUCAUCGCACUUUUUUUUUUCUCUCUCAGAAACCCCUUUAUACCUUUUCCAUUCAAAUUUGAAAUCAAAUUCAGAUUCAAAAUCAAAUUUUAGCUUGGAUUUGUACUGUUGGGGUUCAUUGAAAAGAGUGAAAAAAAUGGAUCUUGAAGUGAAUGAAUUUAGUCUUAUUGAUUUCUCAUCGGAAAAUGACAAUCUUAUCGGAAAUUCAUCUUCUCCUCUUCCUUCUUGGGGUCUUGAAGAAUACCCAUCUUCAGGAGCUAUUAAUAUUCAAGAGGGAAUGGACAUGGCUGGUAAAGGUAACAAUGACGAGCAGUUCCCUCAGCUGCAUGAGUCAAAGGAACCUGAGAAGGCCAGAAGAAAAGGAAAGGUCAAUUUGCGCAAAAGUUUAGCUUGGGAUAGUGCUUUCUUUACAGAUGCAGGUGUGCUUGAUGCCGAUGAGUUGUCCUGCAUGAUUAAGGGAGGUGAUAAACAAACUUUACCUAUGAUUGAGGAGGAUGUGCGACAAUCACUUGAUUCAAUUUCCACGUUGGAAAGUGAUAAUUUGACACUAGAACAUAUUGAAUCAGAGUUAUUUGGAGAUAUAAGAGCCUCAAUCCAGAAGGUGGCCUUUCCAACUAGUGGGGAUUUAUCUGCAACGACAGAUAAUGUAGCUAAUUCUUCGGCAAAGAAAGUGGAUCUUGCUUCAAAAGAUAGGAUGAAGCCAAAAAUUGCUCCAAAAAGAACCAGUGGAGCACAAGCUGGGAUACCCAAAAGUCAGCCAAAGCAAAUUACUGGAACACAAAGAUUGGGUAAAGGGUUGAACCAGGAUAAGGCACAAGUCACACAGUCUAUCAGUAGAACGACAAGUGUUGCAUCAUUAAAGCCUCCAAAAGUUAACACAAAGUUGCAACCUGUUUCUGCAUCCAAAAGGGCUUCUUUGGAUAUCACACGAGUCAAAACAAAUAAUGACAGCAUGAAAAUCAGUACAGGUACUUCUGUUAGAGGGGCUCAGACACCAAAAGCAUCUGCCUUAAAUAAAACUAAUAGGGUGUUGCCCAAACCUGCUACGUCGAUGAAGCCAUCUUCUGUGGGAUCUUCACCUGCAAUGAAAAUGCAUGCAACAAGAUCUUCAAGUGAUAGUUCUGGAAGUACUUCAUCUGACAAGACAGCUAAGUCUUCAAUUCCUGUAGCGAGGAGAAAGAUUGAUAGCAAACCUAUUGCCCAACCUUCUGCAAGUGCAAAACUCAAAACCCCUUCAAAAGCCGCGCUGAAGAGUAAACUACCAUCUGGGAAUUCUGCUGUCUCAGCUUAUCUGAUGUCUUCGAAGAUCAACGCAAAUAUAUCGCCUGCUAGUUCUAUUAGUGAGUGGUCUUCUGUAUCAUCAUCAUCUUCUGCGAUCCAAAGGUCAAGCAAGUUAAGGACUAGCUUUGACACCAGCUCCUGCAGAUCUUUUGAUAGUGACACCUCAGCUUUGGAUAUGAACAAUCAAUUAAUUGAUCAGAAGUCAGAUAAGCCCGAGAUUAGGGGAACAACUUUACCUAGAGAGAGUUCAAAGCAAGCAGGCUCAGUUUCUCGUCCAGCCUCUAUGAUGAAACCAACAGGAUUGCGCAUGCCAUCCCCGAAGAUGGGUUACUUUGAUGGGGUGAAGGCAGUCCGCACUCCUAAUGGCACUCAUUCCAAUCCGUCUACUGCACUGUACAAGACGGAAGCUACCAUCUGUAGCCCUAAAGUUAACUCAAACACUAAAGCUAAGAGUGUAAAAGUUCCACUUAGGGCAAACAGAAAGCCUGAAACUCUGAAACACCUCUCUCCUUUAUCUUCUUCAGACAAGUCAAAUAUUUCAGAUAAUCACUCUGGCACUCAAUCAAGUUCAGCUAGUCCAGUUCCCAAAACUGAAACUAUCGUCUGUAGCCCAAAAGGAAACUCAAACACGAUAGCCAGGAGUGUGAGAGUUCCUCUUAGGGCAAAUGAAAAGCCUGAAACUCUGAGACACCGCUCUCCUGCAUCUUCUUCAGACAAGUCAAAUGUUUCAGAUAAUCACAUUGGUGGUCCAAGUGAUAUUACUCUUAUUCCUGAGUUAUCUCUUGAAGUUCAACAUGAAAUAAGUGGAGCAAAUAUCGAUGUUCUGGCAGAAGAACCUGAUCCAUUUGAACACAUCCAAAGUGCUGGUUGGGUUGCAACUCAGGGUGAAAACCAAGGCAUAGCAAGUGCUUUGAACAGUGAGGAAGAUAUGGCUGAAGGACUUGAUACAGUUGAACAUGUUGCAGAUGCUAGUUUGGUUGCAACUAAGAGUGAAAACCAAGGUACAGCAAGUAUAUUGAACAAUGAGGAAGUUGUCGCUUUGGUUUCAAGUAUGAGUGAAAACCAAGGAAUAGCAAGUAAAUUGAACAAUGAGGAAGUUGUGGCCGAAGGACCUGAUACAGUUGAACAUGUUGCAGAUGCCAGUUUGCUUGCAGCUAUAUUGAACAAUGGGGAAGUUGUAGCCAAAGGAUCUGAUACAGUUGAGCAUGUUGCAGAUGAUAGUUUGGUUGCAGCUAUAUUGAACAAUGAGGAAGUUGUGGCUAAAGGAUCUGAUACAGUUGAGCAUGUUGCAGAUGUUAGUUUGGUUGCAGCUAUAUUGAACAAUGAGGAAGUUGUAGCCGAAGGAUCUGGUACAGUUGAGCAUGUUGCAGAUGCUAGUUUGGUGUCAACUAUAUUGAACAAUGAGGAAGUUGUGCCUGAAGGACCUGUUACAGUUGAACAUGUUGCAGAUGAUAAUUUGGUUGCAGCUAUAUUGAACAAUGAGGAAGUUGUAGCCGAAGGAUCUGAUACAGUUGAGCAUGCUGCAGAUGCUAGUUUGGUUGCGGCUAUAUUGAACAAUGAGGAAGUUGUGGCUGAAGGACCUGAUACAGUUGAACAUGUUGCAGAUGAUGGUUUGGUUGCAAUUAAGAGUGAAAAUCAAGUCAUUGUGACUAAUGAUACAGAUGUGAUCAUGAGUGAACACCAAAGAAUAGAGAAAGUUGUGGCUGAUGAGCCCGUCACAGUUGAACAUGUUGCAGGUGAUGGUUUGGUUGUAAUGAAGAGUGAAAACCAAGUCACUUUGAACAAUGAUACAGUUAUCAUUAAGAGUGAAAGCCAAAGAGUAGCAAGUACUUUGAACAAUAAGGACUUUGUGGCUGAAGGACCUGAUACAGUUGAAGAUGUUCCAGGUGAUGGUUUGGUUGCGAUUGAGAGCGAAAAUCACAGUGUUUUGAACAAUGAUAUCCAGGCUGGUUUGGCUGCAAUUAAGGGUCAAAAACAAGGUGUUAUGGAGAAUGAAAUGAACUUGGAUACUAUUGAGAAGAUUGACAUCAAGCCUGUUGAGGUUUCUAUUACUGAAAACAUUAGACGGUGUCAAACAGAGGAUGAAGAUGGAGUAGGUGUUCAGUGCAAUGGUAAUUAUAAUUUGGACGUGCCUAGCCAGAUGAAUGAGAUGAACCUGGAGGAUAAUGUAAAUGGUUAUAAUUUGGACAUGCCUAGCCAGACGGAUGAGAUGAACCUGGAGGAUGAUGUAAAUGGUGACCUCAAACAUACCAGGACUGAUCAUGUCGAGAGAGAAUAUGACUCAACUUUCAGAGGUGAUGAAGGUAGAGUAGAUGUCAAGGAUGAUUUGAAUACUCCUGAGAAAACAAAUGCAAAGAAAAAUGUGUGCGCAAAUCAAGCGGACCAAUCAAACAGUCAGGUAGAAGAAAUCAGCAUGACCCCAUUUAGCAAUAAGGUUGAAUCUCUAAUGAACAAAUUGGCCUAUUUGUCACUAAAUACCCCUCAGACAGCAGUUAGAAGGAUGCCCUUUGCUGUCAAGAAUUCUUCCGGUGAUUGUCUUGAUUUUUGUGAAGGAGCUGGACAUGUAGUUGGGAAGACUGAUUUAGAUUUGCCUUCUUUGCAAAUCGAUCAUAAAGAGAACAACAAUUUAUGAGGAUAGCCAAGCAUGCUUCAUUGCAAGAGAUUGUUAGGCUUCAAGAACAAGGCUAGCUUCCGGGGGUGGCAUAAGCAUCACGUUUGUAUAGCACACAUGACGAAGGCAUAAGUGAUGCAUGCUUUUUUUUUUCUUUUUUUGCGUUGAGCUAAGAUCAAGGUUUUUGAGAACAUAUGUCUGUGCAAGUACUGAUCUAUGUAUUACAUGAAUGUAAAAACCUUGGAUGUCUUCUUAUGUAAGAAGAAUUACAGUCAAAACCUCACUAGAUUCAAGAAAACUGCUAUCAGUAAGCACAUGUUUUCCUACACUCAUUGGAGAUGUCUCUGAUAACUGCAAUGUUUUGAUUUUCAUGUAUUGCUGCAUAAACAUCAUGUUGCAUGUGGAUAUCUUGCUAUGUUGCUCGAACUCUUAAAAAAUGUCAGUAUAUGCAGUAUGAUAUGGAAGUAUUUCCACUUAUUACGCCAGUCAUAUCAACUUUCAACGAUUCAUGUAUGUAAGUUACUCAGUAUGUUACAAAUAUUGAAUGUGAACAAAUAUUUUUUUCAACUCAUCAAACACAUCAAGCUUAUGUACUUAACACUGAGAGACCUUACCUUGUCAAUGACCUUCUGACUGUAACUCUUGUCACUCUUGUGUCCCAUCUCGCGAGGGGAUCUUUGAUACGAUAUUACUGGCGUUGAAUAGUUUCACAUUCGAGACCAAUCAUCAUAGACGAGCGAGAAAGAAGGCUCGAGAAACACAUACUUCAGAAUAAAACAUGAAAACACACCAAAGUGUGGUGAAAUUAUCAAUUACACAACUAAGCUAUGCAGUCUAACUUUUCUCUGUAUAAUUUACCUGACUUGUGUAUCAAAGCAAGCAAACAAGAAAAACACACAAACUAGAGACCAAUUUUCUGUUGGAUGGCACAUUAAGGUAACAUUCAAACUCAAAAUUAAUGAACCAAAAUUCCAGUACAAUGUCUAAUUAAAUAGAAGUUGACAAAAUAAUAACUCGAAUACAAGCUAAAAGUCCAUUGCAGGCUCGAGGGUAUUUUUGCAAAAAAA